UUGAACCCGUCAGUGAAUCAGCUGAUCGCUUUACUCACGUGGAGAAUCAGCUGUGCGCGACGAUGGAGGAACUGAUAGAUACCGAUCAAGAGAUACCGCCCAUUAAAUACGAAUAUCUCGAUCACACCGCCGACGUACAAUUGCAUUCAUGGGGCGAUACGAUGGAGGAAGCUUUCGAGCAAUGCGCGAUAGCUAUGUUCGGUUACAUGACAGAUCUGGAGCGCGUACAGAUAACACAGGUGCACCACGUGGAGGCCGAGGGUCACGAUCUCGAGAGUCUGCUAUUCCACUUUCUCGAUGAACUGCUUUUUAUGUUCAGCGCCGAGCCGUGCAUUGUCGCCAAGAAAGUCAAGAUAACUGAAUUCAACAAACAGGAAUUAAGAAUCAAAGCAACCGCGUACGGCGAGGAGUUCACGAUCGGCAAGCACACGCAAGGCGCCGAGGUAAAGGCUAUUACAUAUUCCGCGAUGCAGAUUUACGAUCGUCCGCAGGUGGAUCGACCCGAGCUCUUUGUUAUUAUCGACAUAUGAUUGUAAUCGAGUGAACGCGCUCGAUCGUCUUAUCAUACAUCUUUCGGCGUUCUCUAGCGCGGUAUUGGACGACAUUCUAAAAGAAAAAAUGUUGGAAUGGCUGGCCUACACGGAGGGUUGGAGGGAAAAAUAGAGGGAGGUUACCGAAGGGUAAGAAGGGAGACCGUAGACGCCUCCCCUAUGUAGAAUACGAUCCUUUUGUAUCUGCUCCGUAGAGUUCAAAUAAAUACGUUACGAAGAAAGCACCGGGUCCCCUUCUUCUUGGCUUUACUUGAUUCAGGUCUGUACCAAUGUUAUUUAAAUACCCGAGAAAACACGAUUCAAAAGUUGAACAUCUGCGGAUAUGUCCGUUUUCGGUAAGAAUACCGUGCAACGUAUUUCUCUCAUUGCGACAGUUUUUAUAAUUACGUGGUAUCCUAUUUAUAUUAGUAUUAUUACUAAUUUACUAUGCUUAUUAUUAAUUUAUUAUGUAACAAACUAGAAGUAUAAUUAAUACAAUAGAAUUCUUUUAUUUUGGGUCCCUGUAUUCUGGAGCACUUGUGUCUAUAAAUUGGAAUCCUCCAUUGUCUCUCAUUGAUUAUUUAUCACAUAUGAUUGAAGUGAUGCAAAAACACACGAGUAAAAAAAAGACAGAAAAUAUGACAAACUGAAACGAAUAAAAAAAUAGAAAGAAAGUAUCAGAAGAGAUAGAUAAUAAGAUUUCGAUAAUUCUACAAUAUAAAGGAAUUCUAUUAUAUUCAAUUUAUAAUAUGUAUAUACUCAGUAUGUACUUAUAUCAUAGAUUAUUUUGAUAAUUGACAAAACUAAUAUUUUUAUACAUAUUUAUAUGUUUAAUCUUAUUAAAAUAAUUGUAUACAUUUCUCUGAUUAUUUGCCUCGCACUUAUAUUUACAAUUAUAUUUCUGUCAAAAGUAAAAUACAAUACAAAUUUUUUUGAAUAAUCUCAGGCGUUAAAUUGACAUUAUAAGAAGAUGUAAUAGCUUUAUAAUUUAUGUUAGAUUUAUUAUUAUUCUCUACACGAAAUCUACACGACUGUCUUUUUGUUUAUAUAAACAUUUGAUAGAGUAUUUAAUUGUGUAUUUUCUUGUGUAUAUAUUUAGAUAUUCCAACAUACUUUUAUAUGCAUAUUGUGUAAUUAAUAGAAAAAAAUAAUCCAGACUCUUUUGGUAUUCCAAUCAGUGAAAAUAAAUGUCUUAUUUGAAAAGAAUAGCUCUCUCUCGGCAGGUUGUUAUAUACAACUUAUCUCGUUAUAGCAUGGGAUGUUGUUAAACAUGAAAAAUGAAAUUGUCAUCGAUUUAAUCAAGAUAAAAGUACGAUUUUUCUUU